UUUUUCACGUUGACGUUUUCACAGGAGUAGUUGUAGUCUUCAUACCGGAGGGUGAAACUGUCCUGGAAAAAAGCUACCGGGAUUGUUUGAGGCUUUUGUAGCUGGAGUUUGGGAGAAAACUACCUUUGGUUGUAGGAUAUUUACUUGUUUUUCUCUUGGAUAGUGAUCUAAAGUUGUCACCAUGCCGGUUUUCCACACGAAGACGAUAGAAAGUAUCCUGGAGCCGGUGGCUCAGCAGAUAUCCCAUCUGGUGAUAAUGCACGAAGAAGGUGAAGUUGACGGGAAAGCUAUUCCAGAUCUUACGGCGCCGGUGGCUGCCGUGCAGGCGGCUGUUAGCAACCUUGUUCGGGUGGGGAAGGAGACUGUACAAACCACAGAGGACCAGAUCAUGAAAAGGGACAUGUCACCAGCUUUUAUCAAAGUGGAGAAUGCGUGCACUAAGUUGGUGCAGGCUGCCUCCAUGCUGAAAGCCGAUCCAUACUCUGUUCCUGCUCGGGAUUACCUCAUCGAUGGCUCCCGGGGCAUCCUCUCUGGGACCUCUGACCUGCUCCUAACCUUUGAUGAGGCCGAGGUCCGCAAAAUAAUCCGGGUGUGCAAAGGCAUCCUGGAGUACCUGACAGUGGCGGAGGUGGUGGAGUCUAUGGAGGACUUGAUCACAUACACAAAGAACUUGGGACCAGGGAUGACAAAGAUGGCAAAGAUGAUAGAUGAGCGACAGCAGGAGCUGACACACCAGGAGCACCGUGUGAUGUUGGUCAACUCCAUGAACACAGUCAAAGAGCUGCUGCCCAUCCUCAUCUCAGGUAUCAAAAUCUUUGUGACAACCAAGACAUCUGGCAGCCAGGGUGUGGAGGAGGCCUUGAAGAACCGUAACUUCACUUUUGAGAAGAUGAGUGCCGAGAUAAACGAGAUCAUCAGAGUGCUGCAGCUUACGUCCUGGGACGAGGAUGCCUGGGCCAACAAGAAGGACACAGAGGCCAUGAAGAGGGCCCUCGGGCUUAUUGACUCAAAGAUGGCUCAGGCUAAGAACUGGCUGAGGGAUCCAAACUCUCAACCAGGGGAUGCGGGUGAGCAGGCCAUCCGCCAGAUCCUUGAUGAAGCUGGGAAAGUUGGUGAACUGUGCGCUGGGAAGGAGCGCAGAGAUAUCCUGGGCACAGCCAAGACGCUGGGCCAGAUGACUGACCAGGUGUCUGAGAUGAGGGCCAGAGGGCAGGGCACUUCCCCAGCUGCCAUGCAGAAGGCACAGCAGGUUUCCCAGGGGCUUGACGUGCUAACCGGAAAGGUGGGAAAUGCUGCUCGCAAGCUGGAGGCCAUGACUAACUCUAAGCAGGCCGUCGCCAAAAGGAUUGAUGCUGCACAGAACUGGCUGGCAGACCCUAACGGUGGCCCAGAGGGAGAAGAGAACAUCAAGGCCUUGCUCAUUGAGGCCAAAAAGAUUGCAGACAUGUGUGAGGACCCCAAAGAAAGAGAUGACAUCUUGCGCUCUAUUGGAGAGAUUGCUGCCAUGACUGCCAAACUGUCUGAUCUCAGACGACAGGGUAAAGGUGACACUCCUGAGGCCAGAGCUUUGGCUAAACAGAUCGCAACAGCUCUGCAGAACCUGCAGUCCAAGACCAACAAAGCUGUAGCCAACAGUAGGCCUGCAAAGGCAGCUGUUCACUUGGAAGGAAAGAUUGAGCAGGCGCAGCGCUGGAUUGACAAUCCCACCAUGGAUGACAGCGGUGUGGGCCAGGCAGCCAUCCGUGGGCUGGUGGCAGAGGGCCGCAGGCUGGCCAACGCUCUGCCAGGGCCGUACAGGCAGGAGAUGCUGGGUAAGUGUGAGCAGGUGGAGCAGCUCAUGGCCCAGCUGGCUGACCUGGCUGCCCGCGGUGAAGGGGACUCCCCUCAGGCACGUGCUGUCGCUCAGCAGCUCCAGGAGGCUUUGAAAGACCUUAAAGGGAAGAUGCAAGAGGCAAUGACUCAGGAGGUGUCCGACAUCUUCAGUGACACCACCACCCCCAUCAAGUUACUGGGAGUGGCUGCUACCGCCCCUCUGGACGCCCCCAACAGAGAUGAGGUCUUUGACGAAAGGGCUGCCAACUUUGAGAACCACGCCAAUAAACUUGGCACCACAGCAGAGAAGGCUGCUGCUGUCGGCACUGCCAACAAGAGCACAGUGGAGGGAAUCCAGGCUGCCGUCAAGUCAACAAGAGACUUAACACCACAAGUGGUAUCUGCUGCUCGUAUUCUGCUGAGAAACCCUGGCAACCAAGCUGCGUAUGAACAUUUUGAAACUAUGAAGAAUCAGUGGAUUGACAAUGUGGAGAAAAUGACAGGUUUGGUGGACGAGGCCAUCGAUACCAAAUCUCUGCUGGAUGCUUCAGAGGAGGCCAUCAAGAAGGACCUGGAUAAGUGCCGUGUGGCCAUGGGCAACCACCAGCCUCAGAUGCUGGUCGCCGGCGCCACCAGCAUCGCCCGCAGAGCCAACCGUAUCCUCCUUGUGGCGAAGCGAGAGGUGGAGAACUCUGAGGAUCCUAAAUUCAGGGAGAUGGUGAAGGCUGCAUCUGAUGAACUGAGCCAGACAAUUUCUCCUAUGGUUAUGGACGCUAAGGCGGUGGCUGGAAAUAUCCAUGAUCCGAGUCUUCAGAAGGGCUUUCUGGACUCAGGUUAUAAGAUUCUUGGCGCUGUGGCAAAGGUCAGGGAGGCAUUCCAGCCCCAGGAGCCAGACUUCCCACCACCUCCUCCUGAACUGGAUCAGCUUAGUCUUAACGAUGAGGCAGCACCACCCAAACCUCCUCUUCCUGAGGGUGAGGUUCCUCCCCCCAGGCCUCCUCCCCCAGAGGAGAAAGAUGAGGAGUUCCCUGAGCAGAAGGCUGGUGAUAUGGUUAACGAGCCCAUGAUGGUGGCUGCCAGGCAGCUCCACGAUGAAGCCCGCAAAUGGUCCAGCAAAGGAAAUGACAUCAUUGGUGCUGCCAAACGAAUGGCUUUGCUCAUGGCUGAGAUGUCACGUCUGGUGCGUGGAGGCAGCGGAAACAAGCGCGCCCUCAUCCAGUGCGCCAAGGACAUCGCUAAGGCUUCUGAUGAAGUCACGCGGCUGGCCAAGGAGGUGGCCAAGCAGUGUACUGACAAGCGUAUCCGGACCAACCUGCUCCAAGUGUGCGAGCGCAUUCCCACCAUCAGCACUCAGCUCAAAAUCCUGUCCACAGUCAAGGCCACCAUGUUGGGUCGUACCAACAUCAGUGAAGAGGAGUCAGAGCAGGCUACUGAGAUGUUGGUCCACAAUGCUCAGAACCUGAUGCAGUCUGUGAAGGAGACAGUCAGGGAGGCCGAGGCAGCUUCCAUUAAGAUCCGAACAGAUGCAGGUUUCACCCUUCACUGGGUCAGAAAGACCCCCUGGUACCAGUAAGAGAAGGGCCACUGUUCCUCUGCUUCAUGCUGGUUCUAUCCAGCUGUCCAAGAGGACAUUAAAUGGACAGAUAUAUACUUUAUCAGAGCUAUGAUAUCAGUGCCCCUCACCCUAAUAUGGGCAAUGUUUCUCUAUUAGUCCCAUUUCCUGUCUGUAACAGUUGCUGUUCUGGUAGAAUGUAAACGAUGGGACUAUCAGUGCGAGUUAUGGGUUAGAUUCUUACUGGGAAUGUCUUUUUUUUUUUUCUGAAGUGUGUAAAAAAAAAAAAAAUUUGCUUCAAAGCUUACUUUGACAAAUCCCAAGAAUAUAUAUGUUUUGAUUAGAGGUUGGGUUUCAUAUAAUGCAAGGUUGUUUUUAGCCUCAUCUAGACACAAACCUUAUGUUAAAUUUAAAUAACUAGAUUUCCUCGAGACAUUUUUAUAUCUUUGUACUGAUAAUUUUAGCAUCGCUAUCAUUCAUUCACCUUUGCUAGGAUAAGUACAUGAACUUGAGGAGUUGUUACAAGUACAGUAUGCUACACUCAGCACACGCAAAAAUAUAUUCAGUGGUAUUAUGCCUGUUUACACUAUUCUAUAUUAUCACAAGUGGAAAAAGAAGCACUGUUCAUUAUUUUACAUAUUGUAAUGCAAUUGCAGCAAUCUUUAUUUUCGUAAGAGUUCUGCCAAAGACAUUCUGCCAUGAUCUUUAAAAGUUGUCUUUCUUUGGUCAGCAAUAUAUCUUUUGAGUUUUAAGGGGUAGUUUUUUAGAUAAGCUAAUUAAAAAAGUAACUAAAAUUUCUACCAACAGCAGGUAAAGAUGAAAACUGCUUGUAAGCUUACAUUCGACUCAUUCAACUCUUUCUAGAUAUGUUUUAUGUUUCACAUGUUGCAUUGAGAUUACAUGUAAGAAACAGGCUUGUGCUACAGUAUGAGGCCUAUUAGCCAAAAAUUAUUACUCUGAUUUUCACAGCAAGCUAACAAAGCUUAGUCUUUUUUAAAGAGGCUUGUCUUGACUGCUGUUUUUUUUUCUUCUAAACACUGCACACAGUUGUAUGUCUCAUGUUGUCAUGUUGUGCACAAUAAUUUUUUUGUGAUAUAUGAAUUGCACACUUCUCCUAGGUAGUCAAGGGAAUGACCAGAGUUUAGAGAUGAAGCACAGUGUCAUCGGCAGCUGGUGAAAUCUUCAUUUUAUGUUAUCACAUUUGUCUCAACAUGUCUUGAUACACUAAACAUAACUGGCCACUUUUUGUGGCAUCUGUAGUUGAUAUUUUGAAAUGUCUGAAGACCGCUGGCGUGAAUGUGUCUUUUUAAGUAUCUAAUACCAGCUGAUGUGCCUUGGGAAAGAAACUUUAUUUGCAAUUGAUACAGUUUUCAUUUAUAGAUGUUUUGUAUCAUUUGUACAAGGUAUGAUGGUGUUGAUUUGUUCAAAACACUUGUACAUGAUUCUUCUAUAAAGUUACAUCCGCUUCAUGACUUUUACUUCAAGUCAAAUUAUGCUCUAUGCAAACCCUGAGAAAGUUUGUCUAAAAAGAUAUCAAAAUUAUGCAAUUUAGUUGGUUUUAAAUGGGCCUGAACAACGUUUUGCUGAGGCACUGUUCACAAUUUUGUAAUAAAGCAUUUUAUAACACUGA